AUGGCUGAUGUUCAAGCUAAUAUGCCAGAACUGAUAAAUUCGCUUGAGAAUCUGUUAACUGCAAAGAAAAACCUUUUGCAAUCGGUUUUCACACAAUUGUCGACAGAAGAACAAUUCCGGAAUCGAGCACAAAUUAGAGAUGUUCUAGAAGUUACUCCUGUGAAAACAGUUAAUGAUGGGAUACAAUACCGUAUGAUUCGAACUCUUGGGUUUGAAGACAGGGUUCACGUAGAAAUAGAGAUAAUCAACAACUCGAAUGAUUACCAUGUCUCCCCCAAUGCUUACAUCUUGCUGAACAACAGCGAAGCCAAGUGUAUUCUCGAAAAUGACAAGAAAGAAAGAAUAAGUAAUAUCAAACCACUUUCUAAAGCCAUGUUUUUCGUUUCUUUUCCAUCCCAUUUACUUUACAAUAGUGGAAAUGUUCAUUUGGCUGUCGAGUAUUAUUUGGAAGAAUCAGGUACUUUCUCAUGUCUGAAAGCCUGUCCGCGGUUUGAGGAAAAGAAAAGAUUGGAUGGAUCAGUUUUUGAAAUAGAAAGACCAAUGCACUGGAAGUGUUUGGAUGAUCUUUUCAGGGUUGACGAACGAGAAGCAAAAGAACUUGUACAUCUUGCUUCACUAGUUCUCUUCUCUGAAACGUUUUCUUCGUUAUCCUUGUUUGCUUUUCGGACAAAUUUCUCAAUGUUCCAAGCUAUGGAUUUCGGGAGUUGGCAGUGUUACAUAGGAUGCGAUGAAUACAAAGGCUUAAUAGUUACAAAUUCAUGCGGAUCUUAUGGUCAAGUCAAUCUUGUGUAUGGGAGAGAUUGUCGGACACUGCAGGCCAUUGUAGCUCGCUUGGAAAAACUCUCAGCUUUGAAAUGA